AGCCACAUGAGAGGUUUCAGAACUCACACUCACACUCAGGCUCACACACACACGCAUACUCUGGCCCCUGGCAGAGUCCUGUGGGUUUCUCUGCAAUCCAAUCCACUGUUUGUCGGGAAAUCUGCUCAGAGGAUACCAUGAGAGGCAUCCUGCUCCUCAGCCUGCUCCUUCUCUCCACCACCGACCUAGCUUGGAGCGGUACCAACGAUGCAGAAGACUGCUGCCUGUCUGUUACCAACCUCAUCAUCCCCCGCCACAUCGUGUGUGCUUAUCGCCGUCUCAGCCCAGAGAACGGCUGCCGACUGCCCGCAGUAGUGUUCACUACACAAAAAGGUUACCAGCUCUGUGCUCCCCCUGACCGGCUUUGGGUGAAACGUCUCAUUAAGAGACUGGAUAAAAACAAUUCCCAGUACAGCCGCAACUGCAGUUAGUUUUGGGCACAGGACGAGAUGAGGAAAGAAUUCGGCCAUCAGGAUGGAAGUAUUUGAUCCAGCAGCCUGUAUGAGAGGAGGUCAUGAUGCCCCAGGAUUGACGAGGAAAGAGAACCCAGGACUCAGCUGCAGCCUGGAACUGAGAUGGGGUUGCUGGUUGGGGUGAGGGGUGGGGGGGGGGGGAAGAGGACGAAGAGUAGUUUAUGAAGUGUGAGCUUGAGUGUGAGUGUGAGUACUCAAGGCUGUCCAACGCAGGCUCUGGGGCCAUUUAAUAAAGGAUUUGAUGCUGGAAGUGGAAUGACUUUAAAUAAA